AUGGCAACCAAUCUUCAGUUUAUCCCUGGACGCAAACAAGGCUCGGAGAACCCUAUCCUAAAUGGCUUCAGAUACGUCUUCGACAAGCGAAGUAACGACACCUCCUACUGGAAAUGUUCGGAAUUCCGAAAGGGUUGCAGAGCCCGCAUCCGUACCGUGGACAGACAACUGAUCACUCCUACUCCUGACCACACUCACCCUGUCCACCAUGCUGAAACGACCGUCCACGUCAGCAAACAGAACUUGAAAAGAAAGGCUUCUGGUGGAGAUCAACCGACGAAAUACCUCGUAUCUGAAGCAGUCGGUGGAUUGGGUUACGAAUCUAGAGCAAAGCUUGGCUGCCAGCUGUCAUCCCUCAACAGAAUGGUACAGAGAAGCAGAAAAGCAGCUAACAGACACCCUUCUAACCCGAGAGAUCUGGAAACGCUCUCCAUUCCUGCAAACUACAUCCUCUCUACCGACAACGAACCAAUGAUGCUCUGGGACUCUGGAUGGGACGAACGGACUCGUCGAUCUUUCCUUUGGGGGACUCCUAAGAACGCAGAUCAUAUGGUGGACGCGGAGCAUUGGGUAGUCGACGGUACCUUCAAAUCCGCACCUAAUCUCUUCCAUCAGCUCUUCACAGUCCAUGGCCUCUUCCCUGACGGCUGGCACCUCCCCCUCUUCUAUGGACUCCUUCCUGGAAAAACGACGACCCUCUACCGCAACCUGUUCGAGGAGAUAGACACCUGGGCUUCUGGGGGAUACCAACCACAAUCCAUCCUCAUGGACUACGAGCUCGCCAUUCACAACGCAGUUGCUUCCGUGUGGCCCUCCACUACCAGACGAGGAUGUAACUUCCACUACAAGAAAGCCCUCCUGAAGCAUGUUAAGCAGACCAACAUCUGGGAGGAGUACCUGACUCCAAACUCUCCUGUUCGGGAUUUCUUCGCGAUGACUGGAGCUAUUGCCUACGUACCGGAGACUGACGUCCCUCGAAUCUGGAGACACCUGAAGCCCCUCCUUCCUAUAGACAUGGCUGAGUUUGCUUCAUACUACGAAAACACUUGGAUCGGGACAUCAACCACCAAUCCUAACUUCGCUCCCCACAUGUGGAAUCAACACGAAGCUGCACAGAUGAGGAUUCCUCGCUCAUCCAACAUCGCAGAAGGUUGGCAUCACGGAUUCCAUUCAAUGCUGUCCUGCUCGAAGCCCACAAUUUGGAAGUUCCUUGAUUGCCUUAAAGCAGAACAAGCCCUUACAGACGUGAAGAAAACCAAAAGAGACGGGCGGGAACUACCUGAGCCACGUGCACCCAAAUGGAUCCGUUAUGAUCGACAACUUCAGAGAAUUGUAGAUGAUUACGACAACUACAGCAACCCUAUGGAUUUCCUUAAAGCUAUCGGAAAUUUGACUAUGCUUUAG